GACCAAGGGGUGCGCACCUCUGGAUGGGCGGGUCGGUGGGAGUGUUCGCCGCCGAUGUGUGAGCGGGAGGGCGGGCACAUCCCCGGCCAGUGGAAGUUCCGGGCUGUCGCUGCGCUCGGAGGCCGCCGUCGCGGCCCCGCAUCCCGGCCGUUGAUCGGAAGCCAAGAUGGAGGAGCAAUGUCCCGGUGACGAUCGGGUGCUGGAGGUGCACGGCAUCGGCAACAUAUCCACUGACGUUCUCGCCUUGUACUUCGAGAACAAGCGACGCUCAGGGGGAGGAACCAUUUCAUCCAUUAGACGGGAAGGAGACCACGCUGUGAUCACCUUCGAGAACCCGGCAGAUGCUCAGCAGGUCGCGUCGAAGCCAGAGCACACAUUCCAGGACAUCAGGCUCAUUGUGAAGAAGGUCCCGCCCAACAAUCCAAGAGUGAUUGUGCUCAGUGACCUGAGGCCCAAGAUUUCGGAUGACGUACUGAUGCUCUUUCUGGAGAACAUCACUGGACUUGACGGUGAAAAAUUCACAAUGCACUUCAACCCGGACAGAUCACAAGUGGUCGUUCAUUUCCAGGAAGCGCUGUCUGCGGGAGCUAUCGAAGAAAUGAAGAGAAAAACCAGCAGCAAAUGUUUGCAAGGUGCCACCAUACAAGUGGAACAGCUCCCCCAUACAGACCGCAUCCUGGUGGAAAACCUCGGUCCCACGGAUGACGAGGAGAUCAUGCGCCUUUACUUUGAGAGUCGGCGAAGUAAUGGGGGGAACGUGCUCAACGUCACCAUGCUUCCGGGUGGAAAAGCCAUCGUUGAGUUCCAGGAUUGGAAAGUUGCGGACAGAGUUCUCCAGAAGAGGCAGACCCUGCAGCAACGGGAGCUGAUCGUUCGCCCUUACUACAGUUUCCUCCAUCUCCCCAGCACUGGCCAGGAAUGUGAUGAGAGGAGGGAGGAGGUCACAGCCGAGGCGCCAGCCACCCAACACUCGAGCAUGAUAAAUGUCCCCGGCAUGCUGAAAAUGAAAGUCCUGCGAUCCAGCAGGCUCCUGCAGGAUCUGACGAACGAAUAUCUGGAUCUGUCUGUGGAGGCAGACAAUGGGAACAUUAUCCAUGUCAGCGGAAGGGACCUCCAGCAGAUUGAGAAGGUGAAAAGCCGGAUUCUGGAAUUCCUGAACAACGUAGCCCAAGUGGACGUCCCCAUCAGCCAUGACCUGUCGAAAUUCCUUUCCAGGACCGACAUUCAGGAUUAUUUCCAGACCUUGUUGGGUACAAAGGAACCGUUGUUUUGUUAUUCCGUCACUGACUGUACAAUGACGGUGACUGGCCCGUCACUUCCAGCAGCUCGUGAGGCUGCCUGUCUGAUCGAGCAGCAGGUCUCCCAGUUCAGCGUCUCGGUCACGGACCAGCAGCUCCACGUGCUCACCUCUCCAGAGUGGGAGAAGCUGCUGUCGUCCCUGAGGUGCUGCAGCACCCGGCUGACCGAUGCCGGGGAUCAAGUCUGGUUCAUCUCCCUCGCUUGUUUCAGAGCAGAGAAUGAGAAACGGGUGGAGAACCUGCUGAACGAGGCGGUUCUGCAGGAGUCGGUAAUAGUGAUGGAACCCGGCAAGCUGCGAUACCUGCAGGACUACAACCAAGAUCUGCUCACGGGGAACGGGCAGGUUUCCCUUUACCCGUUGGAAGGUGACAUCACUGGGCUAAGGGUGACUGGGCAGGCAAGUUCCUGUCAAACGAUGGACGAGCUUCUCCGCAGCAUCAUCUCAACCAUCCGCUCCAGAACGGUGACCCUCCAGGAACCCGGCAUCUCUCGUUUCUUGCUCGAUAAAACUGGGGCCGACAUCUUGAAGCAGCUGGAGGGGAAGUACAAGUGUACGAUCGGGCUGGAGAGAGCUUGCUGGAUACCCCAGUCCGAGCAUCCCCUGGAAACCCAAAGGAACCAGGGAACGCCGAGGUUUGAGAGAACUGCUUCUGUUCCUACAGAGCUCCCAGUGUUGCUACAGCAGUCGGCGGAUGCUGCCGACCCAAACAAGAACAUCCCUGACCUCGAUGAGAUCCGAAGUUUGCUUGCAUCAAUCAAAGAGACUGAUCAGAAAAGAGGUGAAGACGCAACCACUUUGACUUCCCAAAGAGCGCCAGGUGGCAGUGCAGAUGCUUCAGAUGAUGAGGAUAUCUACACUGACCAGCUACCCAUCGUGUGUCCUGGGUCAGAUAGUGAUAUCGAGGAAGCUCCCAUUGACAAUGGUAACAGAAGGCUGCAGGACGGAGAUAACAACAACAAUGGUGCUUGCGGGCUUGUUUCUGAGGCAAUUGAUGCGGAUGACGAUCCCCAAUUAUACCUUGCCCUGCAGUACUCUAUGGACAGCAGACUACAGCAGAGCAAAGAGGAGGAGGAGUUUCAGAGAGCCUUGGAACUUUCAAAGAUGGCCACUGGCGUGGAUGAAAGUGAUUUGGAACUUGCAACUCGUAUGUCCAAAAUUGAGAUCUCUGAGGCCGGACUUGAAGAGGCCAUCAAAAUGUCCAUGGCUGAAGCCUUGCGAGCUUCCAAUUCAGCCCACGUAACAAUCUAUGGUAGCACUGACAUGAAUUUCAACCAGUUGGUAGAUGAACUGGAGAGGAAAAUCCAAUCAUUUAUGUGUGAAAAAUCAGUGCAGCAUCCCUGCCUCCAGAACUUGCCCAAUGACUUCAAGAGUUACCUGGAAUACCUUCAGCGGAAGCAUGCUGUUGCUAUCGUUGGACAAGGGAGCCAAGUCACGGUCCGUGGAUUUGUGGACUACGUUGUGGCCGCCAAGGAAGAUAUUACUCAACUCGUGCAGUGGGUCAUCCAAGACGAGGUGGCCAGAGCUGAAGAGGCCACCUUGGCCAAAUCAGUCCAAUGGGUGAGGCACAACCAGCAAGGUGUUGCUGUCUCUUACACAUUGAAAGCCAAUGCUUUCAUUGAGAAAGCCUUUCAACAGAAGCAGAAGAAGAUUGAUGUGAUAUUUGACAACAAGCCCUACACCAUUGACUUUGAACAAAUGACAGAAUACAAUGUGGGGGCAGCAGAAUCCCUUUCAGUUGUGAGGAAGUCUCUGACCAGCCCUGUUGAUGUAGACAUGCUGCCUAUGGCCUCUGGAUGCGUUGAACUUGUCCAAGUGAAUGAAACUACUGAGGAAUACACCAAAAUGACUGCCCACUUCUUCAAAACCCUGAAGGACCGGCACGAUAAAAUCAAGAUUAUAAAGGUGGAGAAGGUGAAUAACCCGUUGCUGUACCAACAGUACAUGCUGAAAAAGGCCAGCAUGGUGGCCACCCAGUCUGAUGUCGAGCGAGUCCUGUACCAUGGAACAAGUGAGGAGAGCGCCAAGGAGAUCUACACGCAUGGUUUCAACAGGAGCUUCUGUGGGAAGAACGCGGCCGUCUAUGGGCAAGGUGUAUAUUUUGCGGCGAGCUCCAUUGUCUCGGUGGACAACCAGUAUUCGCCACCCAACCCCGACGGGCAUAAAUUUGUGUUUGUGGUGAAUGUCCUGACUGGAUCCUACACAAAAGGGGAUGGCAAGAUGAAGACCCCGCCACUAAAAGACAGUAAGAUGUCGCUCAGGUAUGACUCCCUGGUAGACAACUGCGAUAAUCCUAAGAUAUUUGUGGUUUUCCACGACACUCAGGCCUACCCUCAGUACCUCAUAACCUGCCAGUGGAAGUGACCCUUCAGCACAACUCUUCCAUGAAGAUUGCACUAUGUGCCCACCCUGUGCAUCAAGGUUACUCUGCCGUUGUUUUAGCCCCACCGAAUCCAGCCUCCGCUGCAGCCUGGGGAGCUUCAUCCAGCCUUAAUCCACUGCCUGUAGGGGUGAAGAAUAGGAUUCUGGCUGCAUUGGGAGCCCAUCGAUCCCUGGACUUGGCUCUCUUUCUUCAUCACAAGCCCCAAGCUUGCAUGAGCUGGACCUUCUGCAUUCACAGGGGAAGUAAAGGGCAGAUUGUCACAGGGUUGGGACACUCAUUAGAAUUCUAAGCAUCUGCCUUACCGCUGUUUCUCUGUUCAGUUUGGGAGAUUGUGAAAUAGAAUAUUUGUGUUUGUAAAAUGAAAGAAUUGGGUUUUUUGUGGUGGGGUCGGAUGGAGAAGUUCUCUUCUCCUCCUGGCACAUCUCCAAUUUCUGUUGUGUCUUUGCCAAUUUCCUUCAGUGUUCGGCCACGAAUAAAGUACCUAUCACUUUCAUCAAAUUAUCCUCCCAUUCUUUAUAAGGAGUGGUAGAAGCUGAACCUCCACUCAUUGCAGGGUAGGCUGUUGGAAACUUGACCCAAUCUGAAGAUUAGAGUCAGACUGGUACCAACUUAUCUAAUUCGCCUUCCUGAGCCAGUCCCACUUGCCUGCAUUUGGCCCAUAUCCCUCUUAACCCUUCCUAUCUAUGUACCUGUCCAAGUGUCUUUUAAGUGUUGUAAUUGUACCCACCUCUGCUACUCCCUCUGGCAGCUUGUUCCAUGUACCAACCACCUUCUGUGUGGAAAAAGUUGCCCGUCAGGUCCCUUUUAAAUCUUUCCCCUCUCACAACUCUAUGUCCUCUAGGUUUAAACUCCCUACCCUGGGAAAAAGACCAACCGUCUCAUCUAUGCCCCUCAUGAUUUUAUAAUGCUCUAUAGGGCCUCCUCCACUCCAGGAGUCAAAAGCCCCAGCCUUUGAAAAGUUUAUGGAUGGCUUUCCAAAGCUAGGGCACGUUCAACAAUGAGGUGAAAACUGUUGGAGCAGAAGGUGAAGGUGAGAUCCGGUCAUGGUUAGAGUUACUUAGGAUAAAGGAAAAGUAGAAACAUAAGGAGGAGACAGCCAUUCAGCCCCAUCAUUCCUGCUACACAGAUCAUUCCACUGGGUGGCACGGUGUCGGAGCUAUCUGACAACUCCAGGGACUUGGAUUCGAUCCUGACCUCUGGCACAGUCUCAAGUAUGUUCUCCCUGAGACUGCUUGGGGUUCCUCGAGGUGCUCCGGUUUCCUCCUACAUCCCAAAGUUGUGCUGCUUCGUGGGUUAGUUAGCUGCUAUAAUUUAUGCGGAGUGUGUAGGUGAGUGGUAGAAUCCAGGGUGAAAUUGGUGGGAAUGUGGGGAGAAUUGAUUGUAGGGAAAUGGGACUCGAUGAGCUAAAUGCAGGCUCCUAUUGCAAGAAGUGAAGUAUCGAGCCUGAUCCAGAGAACCAGUGGGAGGCCAUUUAGCCCUCCCACACCAUCCUUGCUUCAGCAACUGUUAGUGCAUCUGCCCAACAAAAAUCGAUCAAUUUCAAUCAACCACCUCUUCUCAAAAGGCGGCCGAGGCGUGUCACUGAUCUCCACAGACCUUGGUAUCAGGUACUGAAGGACCUGGCUCCAAUCUUAGUUAAUCCUCCUUGUAGCAUCUGGAUUUUCCCAGCAGAGGAAGUAGUUUCUACCUUAUCCUAUGUUUUUAAUCAUCUAGAAUAUCCCUUAAUCUUCUGCACUUUGAGGAGAGAAAAAAACAAAACUAUUCUUCCUAUUCAGCCGUUUUAGAGAGGAGAAGGUUCACUCAGAUUAAACCCCCCCCCCCCCCCCCCCUUCUAAGGUGCCCAGAGCAGACAUGUCCCAGAAAUGGGUGUAACUGGAGCUUUCUGUACCUGUAGCAAGUCGUACACCCUGUUCUGUAUUUCCUGCGAGAGGAAGGCCAAUAUUAACCAUCUAAUUUUUAGAGAUGACUGGACUGUUAAACUUUAACAUUACCUAGCCAUGAUAAGCGAGCAGUGACAGGCCAUUCAGUGCUGAUGUUUGUACUCCAGAUGAGCCUGCUCCCACUUCCCUGAACGAUCAUUGACCUCAAACAUUAACUCUGUUAGCACAAAGGCUGCCUGACUGCCUGAGUAUCUCUAGCAUUCUGUUUUUAUUUUCAGAUGUCCAACAUCUGCAGUUUUGCUUUUCUGUCACACAGAAUGGGUCAAGUCAAGACUCUCACAGAAUGGGUCAAGUCGAGACUGAAUGGGGCAGCUCCCCACACAGUGACUGGUUUAACCUGGUGAAAGACACACGAUUGUAUGAGUGCAUUACCACGGCUAGCUUCUGCUUCCUACUCCCCACCAUUCAGGGCUUGACACUGCCGUCCUACAUUGAAGCUUGGCCACGCAGCCUUUGUACUUCUGGCUUCUGUUUGUUUUUGGAAUCUGGGUGGCAUUGAAGCAAGAACCAGACUGUGGUGAAAAUGCUGAAGGGUUAAAAACAAAAUUAACAACCAGACAUUCCUGUUUAAUUGGUGAAAUGCUCUGCAGCUAAUCUUUAAAAAAAAAUUCAAAGCCAUAAGCAAUUGAACCCAGCAGCUUUCUGCCUCAGACCUGACUCUAGCCCUUGUUGGUAAAAGGUGAACGGAUGCGACUGAGGGCAGUGUAGAGGGUGGUGGGGAUGAAGCUUCACCAUUUUCAUGAGGGGCUGGUGGAGGAAUCCCACACGUCAGUGGUUUCCAAGCCAUGAACUGUAGGGCUCGCUCUCUGUGUGGCAGUGUGGUCAUUGGAGCCACUUUAAUUUCAUUGAUUCAUUAAAGAUUUAUUUUCAAACUGAA